AUGAACCCAAGCGACCCAGACCAGGACGUCCCCCCCUCCCCCUGGAACAAAAUUUGGGAACUCGACGUUGAUGGAUCCUCUAACAACAGGCUCAAUGGAGCAAGGAUAAUAAUCACAGACCCAGAGGGCCAUUCUUAUGAAUAUGCUCUCCGGUUUGAAUUCAAAGCGUCCAACAACAUAGCUGAAUACGAGGCCCUCAUAGCCGGCAUUCAGCUCUAUCGAGAACUCGGAGCCCUGCACAUCCACAUAUUCAGUGAUUCUCAACUUGUGGUCAAUCAAGUGGCAGGAGACUUCAAAGCCAACCAGAACAACCUGGGAUCCUACAAAAGUCCAGCUGGCACCCUCCUACAACACUUCACAUCUUACAAGCUCACCCAAAUCCCAAGGGCCAUGAACUCCAAGGCAGAUGCUCUCGCGAGACUCGCCACAGCACCUCCCGAGUCCACGCCACCAGAUCUGCACAUAGAAAUCUUGGACAAACCUAGUAUUUCGAAGGCUUAUUCAAAAAUCUUUGCCAUAGAAACACCUAGCCAACCCUCAUGGAUGGACCCAUAUGUGGCCUUCCUUUCUAAUGGAACCCUGCCCUCGAAUGCACAAGAGGCACAUCGAUUACGCCACAAAGCUUCACUCUACUUGCUUAGAGGAGGGAAGCUAUACCGCCGUGGACAGUCAUGUCCCCUUUUAAGGUGCUUGCCAACAGCAGAAGGGCACAAACAAGAUGCAAAGGCAGUUGUCCAAACAUGCCUUCACUGCCACAAAUUUGCAGAUUUUUCCCGCCGUCCCUCAGUUCCAUUAUCUGUCAUCAUUUCCCCAGUCCCUUUCAGCCAGUGGGGACUCGACUUCAUAGGGCGGCUACCCACAGCCCCGGGACAACUCAAAUUUGCUAUCGUCCUGGUGGACUAUAACACCAAAUGGAUAGAAGAAGAGCCCCUUGCUACAAUCACAACCGAAAAAGUGAUAAACUUCCUAUGGUGUAAUUUAUACUGCCGGUUUGGGGUACCACAAGCCAUCAUCACAGAUAAUGGGACACAAUUUGACAAUGAGACAUUCAGAGAAUUCCUCUUUGAGCAAGGCACAACAAUCUUCUAUGCCUCCCCAGGACACCCCCAAACCAAUGGCCAAGUGGAAGCUAUAAACAAGCUCAUCAAGCAAAACCUGAAGAAACGCCUAGAAGAUGCUAAAGGGUUAUGGGCUGCCAAGCUUCCGGAAGUCCUCUGGACACUUCGUACUACUCCAACAGUAGCCACAGGGGAAUCCCCAUACCUCUUAUCCUAUGGCACCGAGGCAGUGAUCCCUGUAGAGAUGGAGGUCCCGAGUGAACGUGUCACAGCAUAUGAUCCCGAGACAAACACCGCGGGACUGCAUCUCAACAUGGACCUUCUCGAGGAGCACCGGGACAGAGUACAUCUCAAGAAUGUCAACAAUAAAUAA